CAUCAACCUUCCCACGAACUUGAUUUCGUCCUGCCGCUCUCUGUGGCUCACAAACAUGGCUUCAAGACCGGUUACAUCAGCCUUCAGCUGCCUUCAAUGCCGGACUUCGGUAUUGAGGGCCUUCACAUCCACUGCGUCUCCAGCAGCCACCGCUCUUCAGUCCCCCCGUCGCAUCGGCCGCACAAUACAGAGGUCCGACUUCGCCCAGCCACGACAGUAUAUAACCACAAAUACGACGACCAAAAGGCCAGCUGUGGAUGAAGUCAAAGAAGACAAAGAGGAUGGACAAGACUCCCAGGCAGUGCCGCAAAAGACCGUCGAUUCGACCGCCGAAUCCCCAUCGGAAAACAAAGAAGGCGACACGCCUUGGUAUCUCCAGGUCGAGGCGCCUCUCCAUGCCCCUAUCGACCAUGCCGCCAGCCUCCCCGAUAUCCCCGAAGGCUCCCCGCCCCUCGUCGAACCGUUGGUCAAAUUUGUCUAUGAAGAGAUGGGUCUGGAUGACCUAAAUCUGCUCGACCUGCGCUCCCUCGAUCCUCCUCCGGCCUUGGGCCCAAACCUCCUCAUGCUCUUCGGCACAGCCCGCAGCGAACGUCACCUGCACGUCUCCUCGUCCCGCCUCGUCAAGUGGCUCCGAAACGAACACCGCGUCGAGGCCAGCGCCGAUGGUCUCAUCAGCCCCGGCGACCUCCGCACCAAGCUACGCCGUUUGCGCAGGAAGGCGAAGCUCCUCGGAACGAACGCCGUGGUCACCGGUGGCGACGACGGCAUCACGACCGGUUGGAUCUGCGUCAACCUGGGCACCAUCGACCUACACAGUGACGAAGCCGCCCACUUCGACGAUGACGGGCGCAUGUCAGGUUUCGGCGCUCCCGUGCUCGGCACUACGAUCGUCAUCCAGGUCAUGACCGAGUCCAGGCGUGCCGAGCUGAAUCUGGAGGAGUUGUGGAGCAAACAGCUCCGGAAGAGCAAGGAGGUCGAGGAGAUCCGUCUGCAGUCCGAGCAAAGGGAGUUUCACCGCAAAUUCGGAAAGCUGUUUAACACGUCCAAACCCAAGACAUCUGCGUCGUCGCCAGCUCGAUCCCAGCAGACACGAUUCUUCUCUACCUCUGGAACCGUGCGCCGUCCCCUCGCUCCCCUCACGGCACGCACACAGCCCAUCGAAUCCGAGGCGGGAGUCCAACCAGAGGCCGCACCCGAACCCGGCACAUCUACGACCUUCGACGAAGCCCGCACCCGCAUCCGCGAAAUCCAGCUAGGAGGAGCCGACUCCACCCCGGAAGAGGCAACCGCCCUCCUCAGCGCCAUCUUCCGCUCCUCCCCGCGCGACCAAGACCUCCCCCCCACGCACGCCGCCCUCGCCGUCUCCCUUCUCCAAACCAUGCACGAGCGCGGCCUCCCGCUCCUCACCCACGACACCCUCGUCACCAUCAUCGAAGCCCUCCUGACCUCAGGCGCCCACGGUCCCCGGGCCACCCAAGUGCAGACCAACCUCGAACACCUCCUCACCCGCGCCGUGCCCGCCCCGCCGCCCGACACCGCCCUCCUGCGCCUGCUGGACGCCUACUUCCGCCGCAACGACAGCGACCGCUUCUGGCGCCUGGCCUGGCGUCUCCGCCCGCAGCGCGCCGCCCCGCGCGGGCCCGUCCUGUACGAGUACGUCCUCCGCCGCGCCGCCUCUACCGCCAACCCCGCGUGGUGCGCCGACGCCCUGCGCGUGUGCGUCCCCGAGAUGCCGAAUGAGGACCCUCCUGUCCGGCCCGUCGGCGCGGUCUGGGAUGCCCUGCGUGCUUGCCUCCGCGUCGCUGACCCGGGUGCCGAGGAACUUGCGUCCGCCACCUCGGCUGCUGUGGCGAGGAACCCGGAGGACCCGGAGCUGAAACGGCGUGCCAAUGGCGAGUUUGUCAGGAUGUACCGGCAGCUCAAUGCUUGGAGGAAGCAGACGAUUGGUGUGUAAUGCUAGGGUCUGGAAGGUUGACCAGGAAAUGUUUUGUACAAAAUGGAGAAUAGAGAAGCUGAAUAGUUGACUGGAUCCGUGGCUGUAUGAUAGAAUUGGCAGCAUGUUGGUGUACAAUGCUUUGUAAGUUAAAAAGAAACAAAAAGUCGAACGGAGCACCAAUAUCCGAGAAUAUAUGCAGAGCACCACGGGGC